UUGGCUUCCUGCUCCACAGGGUCCUCGCAGAAACGGCAUGGCUACCCAGUGCUUUUGUCUCCUGCUUUUCACCUGCCUGCUGGCCCUGGCAGCAUCUCUUCCUGCCUUAGACAUAAAAAAUUUGUAUCUCCUCAAUGGCACGCUGGAUGAAAUUAUGAAUAUUCCCCCAGAGUCCUCCCAGCUUGAUGAUGGUGGCAAACAUGUUCGACAGGUCAGAGACAUUGCCCACCACCCACCAGCAGGUCAUGGUUGGCCCAAAGACUGCAGUGAGAUCCCUGCUGGCAGCCGCAGCGGUGUCUACAUCAUCCAACCGAAAGGGCUCCACCACCUUGUGGUGUUCUGUGAAAUGAAUGUGACAAACGGUGGCUGGACGGUCAUCCAGAGGAAUCAUAAAGACACACCAGUCACCUGGGCCGAGUCCUGGAGCACCUACAAGUACGGCUUUGGGAACGUGCACACUGAGUACUGGCUGGGCACCGAGUACAUCCAUCACAUCUCCAAGCAGAAGGUCUACCAGGUCAGGUUUGUCAUCCAGGACUCCACAGACAACAUCAAUUUCUCAGACUACAACCUCUUUAGUGUGGAAGAUGAGUCCCACGGCUACCGGCUGAGGCUGGGCUCCUACACAGGGACGGCGGGGGAUGCCAUGACAUCAGACAAUCCCACCACCAUGCAUGACAACAUGAAGUUCUCCACAAAGGAUCGGGAUCAGGACACUUACAGUAAGAACUGUGCCUACAGCUAUGAGGGUGGGUGGUGGUACUCAGCGUGUUAUUCUGUACGGCUGAAUUUCAAGGGUGGCAUGACAUGGGGCAGCCUGUGCAAAGGGAACUGUAAAUCCUCCCUUAUCCUUAUCAAACCAGCUCCAUAUUGUUAGUGCUCCUUCACCCUCCUGUCCACACUGGACACUUUGAGAAGGCUCUGCAUGGCCAAAGAGCUUGAGCCUUUCUGGAGCAGAAAGAGAAGCCCAAUGGUAGUAGGGUUUUAGUGAAAUGACACUUUCCAAUCUCCCCCUCUGAGUGCAGGCUCUCCCUCUGCUCAGCUCUUUCCCUCUGUGCUUGCUGAUGAUUCCUUGUUACUCUGUUCAUAAUCAAGAAUUUUAAAAUCGCUUGUGAAAUUUGUGGAUUCCAAAUGUACCUUCCCUGUGGGAGAAAGACACUCAGCCCUGGAGUGACUUUUCAUCAGAGUUUCUUAGCUGCCUCUAGAACUCAUAUCAAGCAAACAAGUUACGUGCCACAAAUUUCCAUACUCUCUGUGCCUCCCUGUAGUGUCUGAGAAAGCAUCCCAAUAAAUUUGCUUCCUUGAGUUCAUUCUCCAUUAA